GCUCGUUUUUGCGAACGUAAUUUCAUCUAUCAAUAGUUUGUCUUUCCUGGCGAUUGUUCUAACGAUGAACGAAACCGCGAGAAGUAAUGUGAUGAUAGUGCUGAUAGUUAUCAUGGCCUGCACUAUGAUCACUAGUGCGUCAAAUGUGCCAAAAGUUCUUUGCUAUUACGAUGGAGAAGCUUCGCUUAAAUCAGAUGCUCUCUCCGGUAAGGUGACCUUAUCAGACUUAGCGUCCGCUUUGCCGUACUGCACACAUUUAGUGUAUGGGUAUGCCGGUAUUGAUUCUACCACUUAUCGCCUGAAGCCUCUCAAUGCGGCGCUCGAUCUGGAUUCUGGAAAAGGACAGUUCCGGGUUGCAACGGGCCUAAAGUAUCGGUUUCCGGGACUCAAGGUGUUUUUGAGCGUCGGGGCAUUCUAUGAUUUGUCCCAACGGGAGAAUUCGUCCGCGAAGUACUUGUCCCUGCUGGAAUCGAGUGAAUCAAGAGCGGCAUUCAUCGACAGUACGCGCAAUCUGCUAAAGGAAUACGGUUUCGAUGGUCUCGAUCUCGCGUGGCAGUUCCCUCAAUCGAAACCAAAAGGCAAUGCUGAUACAGUACUCGAUACGAAGGCUACCGAGCAUCGUGAGCAGUUCAUAUCACUUGUUCGAGAUUUGAAAACCGCAUUUGACCAUGAUAAGCUAGAGCUAGGAUACACACAGUUGCCACAUGUUAACGAGACCAUUUUCCUAGACAUUCCCAAGCUGAACAAUCUACACCUACAGUACAUCAGCAUCAAUGCAUUCGACCAACAAAUUCCGCAACGUAACCCAAAUGAAGCAGACUAUUUGGCUCCACUUUAUGAGCCACUAGGACGAGUUCCCGGUAAAAACAUCGAAGCGAGUGUGCAGGCGUGGACUAAACAAGGGACAGCUCCGGGGAAGAUCGUCGUCGGUAUUCCCACCUACGCUCGUGGAUGGAAGCUGGUGAAAGAAUCGGGCACGACUGGUGUACCUCCCGUGAAAGCUGAUGGACCGUCACCGAUCAAAUCGUACUCUAGCUACGCCGGAUACUAUAGCUACGGUGAAGUGUGUUCUAUACUCGCCAACCCCUCUGGUACAGCGGCAAAUGCCAUGCACAAGGUCCAUGAUCCCCGAUUUGGUCCCUAUGCGUUCCGUGUUCCUGAUGGAAAAGGGGAAAACGGAAUUUGGUUGACGUACGAGGACCCUGAAAGCGCUGCAAACAAGGCGCGGUACGUGAAGGCUGAGGGACUUGGUGGAAUCGCAGUCAAUGAUCUGGCGGACGAUGAUUAUAUGGGCAGAUGUUCCCUUGAAACAUUUGCCAUCACUCUAGCCGUUAGUAAAACUCUCUCCAAGUGAUCCAUAUCAAUAUGAAUAAUUUUUAAUGAUUUGAUACAGAACUUCUUCGAUAUAAUACUAAACCAAAACUUGUUUGAAGAAAAAGCAAAUCCUUGUUAAUAAACAUUUCUGCACCAGUCAACCGUUGAGUGCAUCAUUUAAAUUCAAUUCAU